GCAAAGAAAGGGAAAUCUAAAUCACCUUUGAAAGAUAUAUCAAAGAAAAAUAAAACUUGUAGCAGCAUGCCUGAUUACUCCAACCGCCUAGGCAGCAGUGUAGACCCCGAAGACCCAACCAAUAAAGCUGAAAAACGUUAUUAUGGGCUGCAUAACCUGGGGGCCACCAGCUACUUAAAUGCAGUGCUGCAGACACUCUUCAUGACCAAGCAAUUCAGGGAGGCUGUGGAGAGCUUAAAAUCAGGUACAACUUUUGAAAAUCAUUUAAAGAAGUUGUUUCAAAAGUUACAAACAGGCAACGCAUAUGUGGAAAAUGCGCUUCUAAGAAAGCUUGACAUCGCAAAUUAUAAUGUACAAGAAGAUGCUGCAGAAUACUUUCAGAAGAUUGUGAGCUUAUGCAACAUUACCAAGAUCUACCAUGUCGAACUUAAAAAUUAUACCAAGUGCAUGAAGUGCAAACAUGAAAGUGAGCCAGAAUGCACCUCAUGUGUGAUUCUACCGCUGGCUAUUGAAUCACAUCGAAGCUUCAAAGUGAUGGAUGGUUGGAAUCAGUUCUUCACGUCCUCAGUUCUGAAUGGUGAUAAUCAGCUAUACUGUGACGCUUGUGAUGAGAAGACAGACACAGAAACAGUUUGUGAAUUAGUGAGGUACCCUGAGGUCUUAACCUUACAACUCAAGAGGUUUUACUUUGACUACAACUACAUGAUGUAUAUGAAAAGCAACUGCACAGUGGAAAUCCCCGUCGAACUAGAUGUCACUCGGGAGCUCUAUACGCUCUAUGCUAUAAUCGAACAUAGAGGUUCUGUGAAAUCUGGACAUUAUUACACCAUCAUCAAGUCAUUUGAGGAUGGAAAUUGGUACCAUUUUGAUGACAGCUGUGUCUAUCAAUGUGACCCCAAGAUUAAUGAUGAGAACAUCAUCAAGUCUGAACAUGCCUAUAUGCUGAUGUACACAAGAUGUCUACCUGUUGCCGCUGCCUCUCCAGAUCCUUACCCAGGGCAGGUCACUGAUCAUUCAAAACCUCCAGAUCCCUGCCCAGGGGAGGUCACCGGCCAUUACAAGCCUCCAGAUGGAUGCUCAAGGGAGGUCACCACCCAUUCUCAGCCUCCGGAUCCCUGCCCAGCGGAGGUCACUGCCCAUUUCAAGCUUCCAAAUCCCUACCCAGGGGAGGCCAUCACUGACAGGUCUCCAGAUCCCUGCCCAGGGGAGCGCACCACCCAUUUUCAGCCUCCAGAUGCUUGCCCAGAGAAAGUAGCCACCUGUUCUAAGCCUCCGAAUCCCUGCUCAACAGAAGUCACCGCCCAUACCAAGCCUCCAGAUGUAUGCCCAGGGGAGGUCACUGCCCAUUUCAAGCCUCCAAAUCUCUACCCAGGGGAGGUCACUGCUCAUUUCAAGCCUCCAAAUCUCUACCCAGGGGAGGUCACCACCCAUUCUCACCCUCCAGAUCCCUGCCUAGGGAAGGUAUCCACCUGUUACAAGCCUCUGGAUCCUUGCCCAGGAGAGGCCACCACCUGUUCCCUGACACUGGAUCCCUGCCCAGGGAUGGUCGCCACCUAUUCCAAGACUCCAGAUUCCUGCCCAGGAGAGACCAUCACCGCCAGGUCUCCAGAUCCCUGCCCAGGGAUGGUUGCCACCUGUUCCAAGACUCCAGAUCCAUGCCCAGGGGAGGUCAUCGCCCAUUCCAAGCCACAGGAUCCCUGCCCAGGGCAGGACAUCAAUGCCAGAUCUCCUAAUCCCUGCACGGGGGGAGUCACCGCCCAUCCUAUGCCUUCAGAUGUAUGUACUGGGAAGGUCACCACCUUUUCCAAGACUGCGGAUCCCUGUCCAGCGGAGGCCAUCGCUACCAGAUCUCCAGAUCCCUGCCCAGGAGAGGCCAUCACCUGUUCCCUGACUCUGGAUCCCUGCCCAGGGGUGCACAUUGCCACCAGAUCUCCAGAUCCCUGCCCAGGGGAUGUCACCACCCAUUCCAAGCUUCAGGAUCCCUGCCCUGGGCUGGCCAUCACCACCAGGUCUCCUGAUCUCUGUCCAGUGGGGGUCACCACCCAUUCUAUGCCUUCAGAUGCAUAUCCUGGGAAGGUCACCAGCUGUUCCAAGACUCCGGAUCCCUGCCCAGGGGAGGUAUCUACCUAUUCCAAGCUUAUGGAUCCCUGCUCAGGGCAGGCCAUCACUGCCAGGUCUCCAGAUCCCUGCCCAGGGGAGGUCACUGCGCAUUCUAUGGCUUCAGAUGCCUGCCCAGGGCAGGUCACCGCCCAUUCCAAGCCUACAGAUGCAUUCCCAAGGGGGGUCACUGCCCAUUUCAAGCCUCCAGAUCCCUGCUCAAAGGAGGUCACCACCUGGUCCAAGCCUCUGGAUCCCUGCCCAGGGGAGGACAUUGCCAUCAAAUCUCCAGAUCCCUGCCCAGCGGAGGUCACUGCCCAUUUCAAGCUUCCAAAUCCCUACCCAGGGGAGGCCAUCACUGACAGGUCUCCAGAUCCCUGCCCAGGGGAGGUCACUGCGCAUUCUAUGGCUUCAGAUGCCUGCCCAGGGCAGGUCACCGCCCAUUCCAAGCCUACAGAUGCAUUCCCAAGGGGGGUCACUGCCCAUUUCAAGCCUCCAGAUCCCUGCUCAAAGGAGGUCACCACCUGGUCCAAGCCUCUGGAUCCCUGCCCAGGGGAGGACAUUGCCAUCAAAUCUCCGGACCCCUGCCCAGCGGAGGUCACUGCCCAUUUCAAGCUUCCAAAUCCCUACCCAGGGGAGGCCAUCACUGACAGGUCUCCAGAUCCCUGCCCAGGGGAGCGCACCACCCAUUUUCAGCCUCCAGAUGCUUGCCCAGAGAAAGUAGCCACCUGUUCUAAGCCUCCGAAUCCCUGCUCAACAGAAGUCACCACCCAUACCAAGCCUCCAGAUGUAUGCCCAGGGGAGGUCACUGCCCAUUUCAAGCCUCCAAAUCUCUACCCAGGGGAGGUCACUGCUCAUUUCAAGCCUCCAAAUCUCUACCCAGGGGAGGUCACCACCCAUUCUCACCCUCCAGAUCCCUGCCUAGGGAAGGUAUCCACCUGUUACAAGCCUCUGGAUCCUUGCCCAGGAGAGGCCACCACCUGUUCCCUGACACUGGAUCCCUGCCCAGGGAUGGUCGCCACCUGGUCCAAGACUCCAGAUCCCUGCCCAGGGAUGGUCGCCACCUAUUCCAAGACUUCAGAUUCCUGCCCAGGAGAGACCAUCACCGCCAGGUCUCCAGAUCCCUGCCCAGGGAUGGUUGCCACCUGUUCCAAGACUCCAGAUCCAUGCCCAGGGGAGGUCAUCGCCCAUUUCAAGCCACAGGAUCCCUGCCCAGGGCAGGACAUCAAUGCCAGAUCUCCUAAUCCCUGCACGGGGGGAGUCACCGCCCAUCCUAUGCCUUCAGAUGUAUGUACUGGGAAGGUCACCACCUGUUCCAAGACUGCGGAUCCCUGUCCAGCGGAGGCCAUCGCUACCAGAUCUCCAGAUCCCUGCCCAGGAGAGGCCAUCACCUGUUCCCUGACUCUGGAUCCCUGCCCAGGGGUGCACAUUGCCACCAGAUCUCCAGAUCCCUGCCCAGGGGAUGUCACCACCCAUUCCAAGCUUCAGGAUCCCUGCCCUGGGCUGGCUAUCACCACCAGGUCUCCUGAUCUCUGUCCAGUGGGGGUCACCACCCAUUCUAUGCCUUCAGAUGCAUGUCCAGGGAAGGUCAUCACCUGUUCCAAGCCUCCAGAUCCCUGCCCAGAAAUGAUCGCCACCUGGUCCAUGACUCCAGAUUCCCACCCAGGAGAGACCAUCACUGCCAGGUCUCCAGAUCCCUGCCCAGGGGAGGACAUUGCCAGCAGAUCUCCAGAUCCCUGCCCAGGAGACGUCACCACCCAUUCAAAGCUUCAGCAUCCCUGCCCUGGGCAGGCCAUCACCACCAGGUCUCCUGAUCUCUGUCCAGUGGGGGUCACCACCCAUUCUAUGCCUUCAGAUGCAUAUCCUGGGAAGGUCACCAGCUGUUCCAAGACUCCGGAUCCCUGCCCAGGGGAGGUAUCUACCUAUUCCAAGCUUAUGUAUCCCUGCUCAGGGCAGGCCAUCACUGCCAGGUCUCCAGAUCCCUGCCCAGGGGAGGUCACUGCGCAUUCUAUGGCUUCAGAUGCCUGCCCAGGGCAGGUCACCGCCCAUUCCAAGCCUACAGAUGCAUUCCCAAGAGAAGUCACUGCCCAUUUCAAGCCUCCAAAUGCCUGUUCAGAGGAGGUCACCACCUGGUCCAAGCCUCUGGAUCCCUGCCCAGGGGAAGACAUUGCCACCAGAUCUCCAGAUCCCUGCACAGGGGGAGUCACCGCCCACCCUAUGCCUUCAGAAGUAUGUACAGGGAAGGUCACCACCUGUUCCAAGACUGCGGAUCCCUGUCCAGCGGAGGCCAUUGCUACCAGAUCUCCAGAUCCCUGCCCAGGAGAGGCCACCACCUGUUCCCUGACUCUGGAUCCCUGCCCAGGGGUGCACAUUGCUACCAGAUCUCCAGAUCCCUGCCCAGGGGAUGUCACCACCCAUUCCAAGCUUCAGGAUCCCUGCCCUGGGCUGGCCAUCACCACCAGGUCUCCAGAUCCCUGCCCAGGGGAGGUUACCACCCAUUUCAAGCCAAUGGAUACCGGCCCAGGGCAGGCCAUCACCGCCAUAUCUCCUAAUCCCUGCACGGGGGGAGUCACCGCCCAUCCUAUGCCUUCAGAUGUAUGCCCAGGAAAGGUCACCAGCUGUUCCAAGACUCUGGAUCCCUGCCCAGGGGUGCACAUUACCACCAGAUCUCCAGAUCCCUGCCCAGGGGAAGUCACCACCCAUUCCAAGCUACAGGAUCCCUGCCCUGGGCAGGCCAUCACCACCAGUUCUCCUGAUCCCUGCCCAGCGGGGGUCACUGUCCAUUCUAUGCCUUCAUAUGCAUGUCCUGGGAAGGUCAUUACCUGUUCCAAGCCUCCAGAUCCCUGCCCAGGGAUGGUCACCACCUGUUCCAAGACCCCAGAUUCCUGUCCAGGGGAGGUAUCCACCUGUUCCAAGCCUCUGGAAAACUGCCUAGGGGAGGACAUUGGUACCAGAUCUCCAGAUCCCUGCCCAGGGGAUGUCAACACCCAUUCAAAGCUUCAGCAUCCCUGCCCUGGGCUGGCCAUCACCACCAGGUCUCCUGAUCCCUGUCCAGUGGGGGUCACCGCCCAUUUUAUGCCUUCAGAUGCAUGUCCAGGGAAGGUCAUCACCUGUUCCAAGCCUCCAGAUCCCUGCCCAGAAAUGAUCGCCACCUGGUCCAUGACUCCAGAUUCCCACCCAGGAGAGACCAUCACUGCCAGGUCUCCAGAUCCCUGCCCAGGGGAGGACAUUGCCACCAGAUCUCCAGAUCCCUGCCCAGGAGAUGUCACCACCCAUUCAAAGCUUCAGCAUCCCUGCCCUGGGCAGGCCAUCACCACCAGGUCUCCUGAUCUCUGUCCAGUCGGGGUCACCACCCAUUCCAAGACUUCAGAUGCAUAUCCUGGGAAGGUCACCAGCUGUUCCAAGACUCCGGAUCCCUGCCCAGGGGAGGUAUCUACCUAUUCCAAGCUUAUGGAUCCCUGCUCAGGGCAGGCCAUCACUGCCGGGUCUCCAGAUCCCUUUCCAGGGGAGGUCACUGCCCAUUCCAAGUCUUCAGAUGCCUGCCCAGGAGAGGUUACCACCCAUUCCAAACCUCCAGAUCCCUGCCCAGGGAAGGUCACCACCCAUUCUCCGCUUCCAGAUUCCUGCCCAGGGGAGGUCAUUACUGCCACAUUUCUAGAUCCCUGCCCAGGGGAGGUCACUGCCCAUUCUAUGGCUUCAGAUCCCUGCCCAGGAGAGGCCACAACCUGUUCGCUGACUCUGGAUCCCUGCCUAGGAGAGGCCAUCACCGCCAGGUCUCUGAAUCCCUGCCCAGGGAAGGUCUCCACCUAUUCUCACCCUCCAGAUCCCUGCACAGGGAAGGUCUCCACCCACUCCAAGCCUCUGGAUCCCUGCCCAGUGGAGGUCACCACCCAUUCUCAGCCUUCACAUCCCUGCCUAGGGGAGGUCACCACCUGUUCUGAGCCAAAAGACUCCUGCCUAGGGGGGGAUACUGCUGCAUCUUUAGAUCCCAGGCCUGGGGCGGGACACAAGCGCAACUCAAAAUCCUGCUUCAGACUUUUCCGCCGAAAGAAAGCCUCCAAACCCAAGUCUGCGAAAUGCAGGUGCUGCAUCUCCUAAUACAUGUCCAGGGAAGGUCACCACCUAUUCCAAGCCCCCAAAUGCUUGCCAAAGGGAGGUCUUCCUCCAUUUCAAGCCUCCAGAUCCCUGCCCAGAAAAGGUCACCAUCCAUUCUCAGCCUCCAGAACCCUGCCCAGGGAAGGAUGCCACCUGUUCAGUGCAUCCGGAUCCCUGCCCAGAGGAGGUCAUUGCUGCCACAUCUCCAGAUCCCUACUCCGGGGAGGUCACGACCCAUUCCAAGACUCUAGAUGCCUGCCCAGUGGAGGUCACCGCUCAAUCCAAGCCUCUGGAUCCCUGCCCAGGACAGGACAUCGGUGCCAGGUCUCCCAAUCCCAAGGGAGGUCAUCACCAAUUCUCAGGCUCCGGAUCCAUACCCAGGGAAGGUCACCACCUGUUCCAAGCCUCCGGAUCCCUGACCAGGGAAGUUCACCACCCAUUCUCAGCUUCCAGAUCCCUGCCCAGGGCAUGCCAUCGCAACCAGGUUUCUAGAUCCUUCCCCUGGGGAGGUCACCACCUGUUAUGAGCCUCCAGGUCCCUACCCAGGGGAGAUUGCUGCCCAUUCCAAGUUUUCAGAUCCCUGCCCAGGGCGGAUCACCAUCAUGUCUCCACAUCCCUGCCUAGAGAAGGUCGCCACCUGUUCUGAGCCAACAGAUUCCUGCCCAGAAGGGAACACUGCUGCAUCUCCAGAUCCCUGCCCUGUGUUGGAUAUCACUACGUACCCAGAUCCCUUCCCAGGGAGGUCACCAUCCAUUCCAAGCUUCCAGGUC